CAAAGUCAAAUUGAAAUAUAAGAAUUUCGACAGGGUUAGUUCUUGAAUUUUCUUAUGAGGUGGCAGUAUUAUAAACAUAUUGUAAUACUUUGUAUAGAUAUAAUAUUAUACCAACAUGUCUAAGAAAAAAGGAGCAAAGAAAAAUCAAGACCUGGAUGAAGAUUUUGAAGACAAGCGGUCGGAAGAAUCGCAUGAUAUAACCUCAAAGGGUAAAGGUAAAAAUAAAAAGAAAGGUAAAACAAAUGCUAAUAUCAGCGACGAAGAACUGGAUACGAAUAAGAAAAAUAUAGCUUCAGAUAAUGAAGAAGACUUAAAACACUCAACAAAAAAGUCCCAAAAGAAGGGUAAAAACAAAAAGAAAGAUGAUGUUUCUGAAGAUGAACAAGAAGAAAGUAAGGCCACAAAUCCUACAUCAAAGACUGCUAAACAAAAUAAAAAGAAAAAAGGUAAGGGUAAAAAAGAUGAUUGGUCAGAUGAUGGCAGUGAUGUAGAUCUCAAGGAAGUUUCAGAAGAUGAAGCGCCAAAACCUGUUAGUAAAAAGAAAGCAAAGAACAAAAAGAAAGCUGUUGAUGAACAGUCAGAUGAUGAGGAUCAUGAUGAUACAAAAUCAGUAAUCAGCAAUACAUCAAGUAAACAAGCUUCUAAGGUUAAAGGCAAAAAAGGUAAAGGAAAGAAGAAUGAUGACUGGUCUGAUAAUGGCAGUGAUGUGGAACUAAAAGAACUCUCAGAUGAAGAAGUUGUGAAACCCGUUACUAAGAAGAAAUCUAAAAAUAAGAAGAAACUAGAAGCAGUUGAAUCUUCUGAUAAUGAAGAUGAUUCUAAUACUUUAAGCAGUGUGCCUCCACCAGCUGCUAAAAUUGAAAAGGAAGUAACUAAGACUGAAGAAUUACCUAAAGAGGAUAAGAAGAUCAUACCAUCAGAUGAAGAACAAAUAAUUAAACCAGCGUCAAAGAGUAAAAAUAAAAAUAAAAAGAAGAACAAUAUAGACGACAUUGAAGAAGAAUUAAAGAAGUUCGAAAUGAAGGAUCCAGAACCUGAAGAAGAAAUUGUAGAGGAAAAGGAAGAGAAAGGACAACAAGAGACUGUAGAGGUUGAAAAGAAAAUGAGUCACAAAGAGAAGAAGAAGCUUAAGAAGCAACAGGAGUAUGAGAAGCAGAUGGAGAUGUUGACAAAGAAGGGUGGACAGGGGCACAGCGACUUAGAUGCCAACUUUACUGUGAGUCAAGCGCAGAAAACUGCAGGUCAAAUGGCAGCUUUAGAAAACGCAGUAGAUAUAAAAGUGGAGAACUUUUCAAUAAGCGCUAAAGGCAAAGAUCUGUUUGUGAAUGCUAAUUUAUUGAUAGCAAACGGCCGUCGGUACGGUCUGGUCGGCCCCAACGGCCACGGCAAGACCACCUUGUUGCGACACUUGUCGCAGCGCGCGUUCCCACUGCCGCCGCACAUCGACAUACUGCUCUGCGAACAGGAGGUCACCGCUAGCGACAUGAGUGCUGUGGACACUUUACUGGAGUCUGAUGUUAAAAGAACUGAACUAUUAAAGGAAUGCAAAGAGUUAGAAGCUGAGACAGAGAAAGGAAAUCUGAGUAAACAAGAUAGACUUAAUGAGGUGUACGCGGAGCUGAAGGCGAUAGGCGCGGACGCGGCGGAGCCCCGCGCGCGCCGCAUCCUCGCCGGUCUGGGCUUCAGCAAGGAGAUGCAGGAUCGCGCCACCAAGAACUUCUCCGGAGGAUGGCGAAUGAGGGUCUCGCUCGCCAGAGCUCUGUAUAUUGAGCCAACAUUGCUGUUGUUGGACGAACCUACAAACCAUUUAGAUCUUAAUGCUGUCAUUUGGUUGGAUAAUUACUUACAAGGUUGGAAGAAGACAUUAUUGGUUGUAUCUCACGACCAAUCUUUCUUGGAUAAUGUAUGUAACGAGAUCAUACAUCUGGAUCAACAGAAGUUGUUCUAUUACAAGGGAAAUUACUCAAUGUUCAAGAAGAUGUACGCACAGAAACGUAAGGAAAUGAUCAAAGAGUACGAGAAGCAGGAAAAAAGAUUGAAAGAGAUGAAAUCACACGGACAAUCGAAGAAGCAGGCUGAGAAGAAACAGAAAGAAGUGCUAACACGUAAGCAGGAGAAGAACAGGAGCAAGAGCCAGCGCGAGGAGGCGGAGGAGGGCGCGGCGCCGGUGACGCUGCUGCAGCGGCCCAAGGAGUACGUGGUCAAGUUCAACUUCCCCGACCCGCCGCCGCUGCAGCCGCCCAUCCUCGGACUGCACAAUGUGAACUUCAACUUCUCUGGUCAGAAGCCGCUGUUCAUAGACGUGGACUUCGGCAUAGAUCUGAACUCUCGUAUCGCCAUCGUCGGCCCCAACGGAGUCGGCAAGUCCACAUUCCUCAAACUUCUGGUGGGAGAACUGAGUCCCAUUCGAGGGGAAUUGAUCAGGAAUCAUAGAUUGAGGAUAGGCCGCUUCGACCAGCACUCCGGCGAGCACCUGACGGCCGAGGAGUCGCCGGUGGAGUACCUGCAGCGGCUGUUCGGGCUGCAGUACGAGAAGGCGCGCAAGGCGCUGGGCACGUUCGGGCUGGCGGGGCACGCGCACACCAUCAAGAUGAAGGACCUCAGCGGCGGACAGAAGGCGAGGGUCGCCCUCGCCGAGCUCACCCUCAUGGCGCCAGAUGUCGUUAUAUUGGACGAGCCGACGAACAACCUUGACAUCGAGAGUAUCGACGCGCUGGCGGAGGCCAUCAACCUGUACAAGGGCGGCGUCGUCAUCGUGUCGCACGACGAGCGCCUCAUCCGCGAGACGGAGUGCGCGCUCUACGUCAUCGAGGACCAGACUAUCAACGAGGUGGACGGAGAUUUCGAUGACUAUAGGAAGGAACUUCUGGAGAGUUUGGGAGAAACUAUUAAUUCUCCUUCGAUCAUUGCUAACGCGGCUGUUCUACAAUAGAACAAAUAUCACAUGGAUCAUAAACAUACGAGAAUAUAAAAUCAACAAAUAUCACCAAAUAAUGUAAUAUAUCAUUUGUAGUUUAUUGAUUUAAUCAGUCCCCAAAGUGUUGAUUAAAACUAUACUCAGAGAUGCCUUAAGAGACCAAUAACGUGCGGUUGUUUUCAACUGGAAUUUAUGUCAAAAGUUUUCUAGAACGUGAUGGAACGUAUUUGAAUGGUUUUAAACAAUUUUUGUAUUUAUAUAAUUCGAUGAUAUUUAAUAAAGAAUGUAUAGAUAGGUCAAAAUUUGUCUUUGUAACGGAACAUGAAUCUAAAUAAAAUUUUGUAAAAAAAUUAUGUUUUUCUUAUGCUGUUUGUAUGUUUAGACACCCCGUA